AUGAAACCCAUCUCCACUAUAACUUUGAAAAAUGCUGUUUCUGCUAUUCAGAAAUUGUAUCCUUUAGAAUACGCUGACAACGCCUGGGACAACACUGGCUUAUUGCUAGAUUCCUCUAUUCCAUCACCUUCUCAAUAUAAUAAUAAUAAUAAUAAUAAUGUUGAUAACGAUAACGAAAACAAUAAAAUAUCAAUUUUAUUAACUAUUGAUCUCACCCAAUCUGUUGUCAAUGAAGCAAUUCAAAACAAAUCAAAUUUAAUCCUAGCUUAUCAUCCUUUUAUCUUUUCUGGAAUUAAAAAAAUUCAACCAAAUUCAAAUCCACAACACAAUUCAAUCCUAAAAUUAAUCCAAAAUAAUAUCUCAGUUUAUUCUCCUCAUACUUCGGUCGAUUCAAUUAAAAAUGGCAUAAAUGAUUGGUUAGUCAACGGUUCAUUAAAUUUUCAAAAAAAUUUAAUCAAUUCGUCAAAUUCAAUCCAAUCACUUAAAAAUCAACCCUCAAAUAACAUUGAAGGCUUUGGUAGAUUAGUCUCUUUAAAUACUCCAAUUAACUUGAGCCAAAUCGUUUCAAACAUUAAAAAAAAUUUAAAUUUAAAUCAUCUUCAAAUUGCUUUAGCCAAUAAAAAUAGAUUACCUAAUAAUAUUACAGAUCUUAAAUCAAUCGAUAUAUCAACCAUAGCGGUUUGUGCAGGAUCUGGUUCUUCAGUUUUUAAACAGUUAUAUGAUCAAAAAAUAGACUUGUACUAUACAGGUGAGCUAUCCCAUCACGAUGCCCUAUAUCUUAAUGAAAUAGGCUCAAAUGUCAUUGCUUGUAAUCAUUCAAAUACUGAAAGAGGCUAUUUAAGUAUUAUGAAAGAAAAUCUAUUCGAUGAAUUAUCCUCAUCUUUCAAAAUAGUCGAUAUUGCCAUCGCAAAGACCGAUCAAGAUCCCUAUCAAGUAAUAUGA